AUGUCCAUCCUCGUCUCGGUCGUCUCGCAUCCGUACUCCGACAGCCACAUGUCGCAGGCGGGCCUGUUCGGCUUCCGCGCCCUGAAACCCGCCAUUGCCAUCUACCCGCAGUUCUUGGAGAUGCUCGUCAGUCGCCUGUCCUCUGCCGACCACGCCCUGUGCGCCAAUGCGCUCCAACUGAUCAAUUCCCUCAUGCGCGACUCCAUCACCCACGAUUCGGAGGCGGAGUGGCCCAAGUUCAUUCAGAAACUGCAGGAUCUGGGUGUGAUUCGAGCCGUCUAUGUCCUCAUGCAGGAUUCGGCGCUCCAGGACCUUGCACAUCCGUUACUGGAGUUUCAAUCUCUCACCAAAGUGCUGCUGCGGAAGUGGCGAGAUAUCCCCGUGAACCAGGAGAAGCCCGAGCAUCGCCGGGCAUUGAAGGGAGUCUAUCUCGCCAGCAACCCGGAUAGGAGCACUGAUGAGAAACCGGAGAAUGCAGACGAGACGAAACGCUCCCGUCGACAUCAUCCCGACAAGUGGCGGCGACUGGGCUUUGAGACGGAGGGUCCCACCGCGGAAUUCUAUGAAGUGGGCUAUCUGGGCAUGAUGGACUUGGCGGACUACGUACGCAGCCAUCAAGAUGAGUUCCAGAAGAUGCUCCUGGAACAGUCGACCAAGCCCGCACGCCAACGAUGUCCGAUUGCCCGCGCGUCGCUGGCUGUCACGGCGAUCCUGUACGAACAUUUCGAAGUGGAUAAGUCCGAGAUGGAGGAUGCUAAGAGUUAUUUGAUCAUGGAAUCGCGCACCAGCAUGGACAAAUUGUUCAAGCCACUGCUCCUUCAUUGGACGCGGCUGCAUGUGGCCGGACUGCAGGGCUUUUUCCGCCUGUGGAAAGCUACGGCGGCCGAGUCGGAGGAUCUGGACAAGAUCAUCGAGUUGGUCCGCAUCCUCAUCGAAUCCGUUGUGGGUGGCGCAGCCCGAACCAAAGAUGUCCAGGACGUCGAGAAAGAGCUAGCCGACUUUGAGUACCAGCGAUUGCGAGAGCUGCAAAUGGAACUUCUGGAACUGACGUACGAAGAUGCCUGGGGACAGCACCUACGGCAGGUGCGCGAGGAACUCCAGCAUGAAGCCCUCCAGUUUGUCAAGGAACAGCGCAUCCGAUGCUUGUUGCAAGGCGCAUGGUUUUCCCUCGACGCAUCCAAGAGCGAGUCCGUUGAUCUCUCAAUUGUUUCCUCGGUGGUGUCCAACGUAUCCACUGCCCCGGACCACUCAUCUUCGUCCACCGUCAAGACGGCGCCGCGCCAGCCCUCGACCAAGAUCACUAUUCACGGCUAUGUGCAGUCCUCGACUUCCACGGCCCACUCCAAGGGCCAGGGCCAUACGCGGUCGGGAAGCAAGACAACGCAGAAGGAGGCCGUCCUCCUCACCCUGCGGCCUUCGUCGCACAGCAUAGCGUCGGAAUGGCUGGACGGGUUGCUGAUGCUGCUCAACCAGCAGCCCAUCACGGCCGAGACGACCAAGCUGAUCGACCUGGUCAGCAACUACGGCCUGAAGAUCCGGCUGCUCAACGUUCGAUUUGACGACGCCGCAUUUGCGGGUGAAGCACCGCGGGAGCCCUCGCGGCAGGACCUGGACGAGGAUUACUACUAUGAUGUGUUUGGCGGCGCUUGA